AGUAACAGUAGUGUGGUUAAAGGCCAAACUUGAACCCUGAGGGCGGUCUGUUUGCGCCCAUUCGUUAUGAAUUAGACAUUGUGGAGUUAUUUCCCCUUUCCAUUGAUCUUAAACGAAACUGAAGCUGUCACGCACAUUCCCAGAAUUGUUAUUGUCAUGGGCGGCAGAUAAGUACACAGUCUGGUAAAAAGUGUUUUUGAGAAGAUAAGACAUGUCGGAGCGGAUACGGUUCAAUGAGCAUGAUUUGUAUUACCCUGUGGGGAACACACGGUCACUUGACAUUACCCAUGGUUGUGAGGUUGCUGAGGAAUGUGACAUGCUGUUUCUCGGAUGCGGUGACAUAAGAAAUGUCCUACACACCAUACACGUGCUGCACAGAAAUGGCACCACGAAGUCGGAAGGUCAAAUCAUUAACAUUCAUCUGAAUGACGUUGAAAAUGGUGUCUUGUCACGAGAUUUGAUUUUAUUAUACCUAGUUCGAACCAUCGAUCCCGCAAAUGAUGAGGAUUUGAGGUUCAUGUGGGGAAUCUGGUACGACUGUCUUUUGUCACAGGAUCACUCCCAGAGACUGCAGCAUGUGUUGAAACAACUGUCAACUGUACCGAUAAGCAGUUUUGACGUCUAUUUUGGAAACUUACAAACGGAAAGCUGCACCCGAAAAACACUGAGGUCUUGGAUGAAUGCUGAAAUCACUGGUAGACUGACAAGUGACAAGAGAGAAGCCUUCAUCAGGAACAUGUACCAAGACUAUUUCCCAGAGACAGCGGUACAGAGGAUCGCGUCUAGACUGACACGUUUGUGUGAUCACUUGAUGUCCACGCCGCGGCUGAAAGACAGACUGUAUCAAGAGAUACGGGAAUUUGUCGUGACUGGUGUGUCGAGGGUCAACUCAGCUCCGCUGUCAUCUGAACGUGUCAUUGAGAGGUUCUGUGGCAACACGACAUUCUUCAGGCCUGGUUAUGAGCAGAUGUGGAAAGUUGAAGACAACUGUUGUCCACUGCUGUGCUAUGAUGUGGACCUUCAACUGGACAGAUACGACGGUAAGCUUGUCACCAUGUCUUCUCUGUGUCUGGCAAUACUGAAGCAGUGGGUGGAGAGUUAUCAGGCAGCCAUUAAAGAGGGAUGCAUAAUCAAGGUCCACCUCUGGCAAGGAGAGGCAACUGUACUUUGUGAGACAGGCUUGCCCGAAAAUCUUCAUUUUGACUUCAUAGACACCUCCAACAUAGGUGACUGGCUGGGUCUCAUACCGGUGUUGAUAUACUGCAGGGAUAGACUUAAAAGACCUGACGGCAUCGUUGGUACACAGAUCUUCCACUGGCACCAACGUGCAUCUUCAGUGAUGGAGUUCUUACAGUCUUGCUUUGAUAUUCCUGUGUUGAUGUAUCCAACAGUUUUUGGAUUUCACCUAGCAGAAGAACUAUCUCUUGGGCACGAGAGUCUCCCUGAUUCCGGAUCCUACGUUGGGGUUGGAAUGAUAUAUCUCAUCUGGAAAGUUGGUCGUGAAGAAAGGGAACUCUCCGAGCUCACAAUCCUCCAUGAUGGAACAGAUGCAGUGUCGGAUGCUCUUCACAAGUUGCUCAAGCCAUGUAUAGUUGGUGACUUAGCAGGACGAGUCAUUGCAAAGCCGUCAGCAUUUGACAUGGAGGCAAGAGAACAUGUCAUGACAAGAAUUAAGGGAAUCAGUAAAACAAUGGAAAUGUCAACGGCAGAUGUACAAUCAACAAACACCCAAAUCCCUUCUUCCAAACAACGUACCAUUGUUGAGUACAUGGACCACUACAGGGUGACCAUCACAACUGAUCCCGAGUGCCUCAAAGAAGGAAAGUUCACGGUGGAACAUGCCAGGGGAGAUCCAAAUUUGGUAGUGCUGAUCAACACCCAGCGUGGGAAGCCAAGCUUUAGAAAAAUAUUACGUGUAUCGUGUGGCAUCUCAAUCAACUCCAGCAAGAUCACACUGUCCAGGAAGAGAGGAAAAGUAGACGCUCGUCUUGUCAAGGACGUGAAUACAACAGUUGGUGAAGGCGUGUUACCCUGGAAGAAAGUUGAGCUGGAUUCGGCUUCUGAUCUCCCUGAUUUCCCUCCUUCAAAAUAUGGAGAGUCUAUCAUUGACACGUAUAUCACACAAGUGUGGCCUUUUCAGCCUACUGACACUAUUGAAGCACCGAAUGCUGUUGAGCAGCUCCAGUGGCUCCUGUGGUACCUCUUCAAAAAUAUGCGUGAAUCAUUUGGGGUGCCACAACUUCUCAGACUCGGAGUUUCUAAUCUGGCCAAACCCUCACAAAGAGCCAACAACAGAUUUCACCUGAAAGGCUUAAAGAUGCAAGAAAAUAUGCCAACAUUGUUUCUGGAGUUUUUCGACUUUGACAAAGCUGAAGAACUUGUCAAACAACAGAAAUUAACCAUUUGUGAACUCGCACCUUUCUAUGUACGUUUAGGUGAUUACCAGGAAAUGGACGCUGCCUUCUGUGCCAAUCUGACACAGGGAUACGAUUUGCUGGUGAAGAUCCUGGAAUUGAACUCCCAUCGUAUUACACAACAUCAAUCUGAGAACAAGAGGUGGAUAUUGAGGACCGUCUUGAGAGGAAGAUAUCCUUUUCAGGGAAAACCAGAACCGACCAGACCUGAUAUGUGCCAGCUGAUGUAGCAGAUCCCCUGGAGUUGCUGCCAACCAGAGACAGUCUAACAAUAUCACAAGGACACAUACAGAUUCAUCUCUGGAAAGAGCAUUUCUAAGCUAUAUAUAGCAAUGGCAAAUAUAUCCAAAUACGCUUGUUUCGUCAAGGACAUGACAUUAUGUGAUACUGGUUGUGUAUAAUCAGCGUCAGCAACACUUUGACAUCAAGAAACUCUUGUACAUACUUUACGCAGUUCAAACGGAUCAAUGUCAUGAUCACAACAAUAUUGACAUUGAUGUCCUUAAACAAAUAGGGGGUCAUCACUAACCACAAACCGUAUCCUAAAAGAGGAUGGUUGGUUGCGUUAUGUGACCUUAAUUUUGUUAGCAUGUUUCACCUCGAAUUUUAUGACUUAACUGUAACAUUGUUCUUUUUAGGUGUAAGGUCCAUUAAGCAUCAUCUUUGCUCUCCGAAAUUAAACGAACAUGAUAAUACAUUGACUGCCCUUUGGGCUAUCUUCAGUAAUAUGAUAACAUAUCGGCUUUACAAACAAAUAUGUGAACAUACGUACUACUUUUAAUAUUCAUAACCAAAUGUGAUUUAAACUCACCAGUAUGUUGCUUUAAUAAUUAUAUUAAUUGACGAUAACUAAAUUUUUAAUGAAUCAAAUAUAAUUGAAUUAAAUGAACAAACCAUAAAUAAUGCUAAAUCCUGUCUAAAUAAUACCUGCUAGUAGUACAGUGAGUAGGGUGAUAGGAGGGAGAUUUUUACAAUGCAAUUAUCGUUAUAAGUCAGUAAGCCAAUACUAUUUCAUGUGCUUUACAUACUUUUUAAUGAAAAUGGAACUCCUCCGAUUCCUUAGUCCGUCCUUAAACAAGGAUUUUUAAAUGUUGCCUUUAAGAAAAGUUUCAUUGGACACAAAUCCGUGGAGUAGCCAUCUUAGCUAAUCAAACAUUCAAGGUGAACGAAGCUGUGAUUAGUACUCACUCGGGUGUUUCAACACAGGCAUAGAUGCUAUUAGUUACAGUAAUUGACGAUAAUAACUGGUGUAUAAUUAUAGAGCCAAAAAUCAACCUCAAGAGAAACAUGCUAUAGUACUCAUGCUAACCAGUAAAUGAUAAGUUUCAAGCUCGAGAUAAUUCAGUUUUGCAAAACCUAGAAGGGAGUCAAGGGACGCGACUCUUCACAUGGAAUUAUGGCGUCAGUAGAAGACCCAUGCCAUAUUUGGGCGGAUAUUAUCCUGCAUUUGCACAAACGGUAAACAUAAUGGUAGUGUACGCCAUUCAAACUGCCAAGAUGUGUUGUGUUCUCCCUUGAGUGUACCAUUUCACUUCCAUUUCACUUCCAUCCUCAAACAGAAGACGUUGUCCUGGGCGCCUGUAGACUCGUGUACGUCCAUCAUAGCAGUGAACGUCCAACAUGGACUGAUAUACGACAACAGUCUGUUGUCCGAAGCUCAUGUUGGGAACCUCAAAUGCUGUCCACACCACGCAAGGCGUGACUGACACAUGGACACAUCGCUGGACGUUUGGUCCUCAAGUUGUGCUCCCUCAACGGGCUGCCUACUGUUUUGCCGCAAAUUGACAUCAACCUAGGAAUUGAUAGAGCGACUAACGUGUCAGCUUCUCAGUUAGUAUUACAGAGUUGAUAAAGGAAACAAGAGAGCUCAUUCUAUGUAUUUGGAAACGUUUAUUUUUCAAUGUUGAUAAUAUUAUGAUGUGCAGAAAUGUGAACUAGGAAGGUUAUAUACAUGUGGAUAAUGGAUGUUUAUACAAGGUUAAUCAGUGUAUGAAAUAAGGCCCGUCCGACGGCCCUACACGGGCUAGAGUUCUGACGAACGGUCUACAUUUACAGCUAGCCGAUGGUCCGGUAAUUUGUUUUACAUGUUCCAUACAUCUGAAUAAAUUUACCGUAUCUUGG